AUGAAGCAGCCCAUGGAGCACAUCAAGAGACCAAUGAACGCGUUCAUGGUCUGGUCGCGAGGUCAGAGAAGACAGAUGGCACUGGAGAACCCAAAGAUGCACAACUCUGAGAUCAGCAAGAGACUCGGCGCCGAGUGGAAGCUGCUCUCCGAGUCUGAAAAAAGACCUUACAUCGACGAGGCCAAAAGACUACGCGCCCAACACAUGAGAGAGCAUCCAGACUACAAAUACCGACCGAGACGCAAACCUAAAGGACUGCUGAGGAAGGACACGCUGUUGACUUUACCGCGUCACGGCGAGCGAGAACUUCGAGCCAUCUCAAAUUUGGACAAACCUCGACCCCUUCAUUUAGCUGCGUCCAUGCAACAUCCUUUCAUGGAGCCGAGCCGGCCAACUGUUAACACUGCUACCACUGCUUUUCAACAUGAAAAACUUGAUUUAACCCCGGGCUCGUUGGCUUUCUCUUCAGCUUUUGGCUAUCAGAAUGGACACCGGUCCUUCGGGAGUCUGGGAUGCUCGGGUCAGUACGCGCACACUCACCUGUCACCUGCAAACCCCGGAUACCUGCUGCCCUGUAACUGUUCGCCCUGGUCUUCUUCCAGUCUCACACCUCCACUUGCCUAUAUAGUGUUUCCAGGUAUGAGCAAGACUGCGGUCAGCUCUACAGCGCUGUGA